CAAGAGUAGACCAAGCCAUGAAUGAGAAUGAGACUACAGGGUCUCUACCAGAGGUGGGAGUGAGAAGAACAGAACACUCUCCUCUCCUUCCUAUUUCCCAGAGAAGGCUUUUCCUCAGCCUCAGUGGAGUAGCACAAGAAGAAUUGAAUAACUCCACUCAUGAAGCUAAUAUUACAAUUGAAUCCACUGGAAUCCAAACCAACUCACAAGAGCCACAACCAGUUCCUAAUGUGCCUGAAAGAAGAAGUUUGGGAAGCUUUGCUGGCGUCUUUGCUCCUGUCCUGCUAUCCAUGUUUUCAACUUUGCUCUUUCUACGUGUUGGCUUCAUUGUUGGGAAUGCAGGCCUGCUUCUUGCAUUUGGAUCAUUCCUGAUUGCAUAUGGAAUCCUGUUCUUCACAGUCCUUUCCAUCUCUGCCAUAUCAACUAAUGGAGCUAUUGAAGGCGUCAUGAUCAGUCGGACCCUUGGCCCUGAGUUUGGGGGCAGUAUUGGGCUCCUCUUCUUUUUGGCCAACGUAUUCUCAAGCAGUUUAUACAUCACUGGCUGUGUAGAAGGAAUCAUUGAAGAUUUUGGCCCUGGAGGGGAUUUAGGACAUAUCUUCCCCGAUGGUCGAUGGUGGGAGUUUUUGUAUGGAUCCAUCAUAAACUUCUUCAAUCUCUUAGUUUGCCUGGUUGGAGCAGGAUUCUUUGCCAAGAUCAGUGUUGGGAUCCUCUCUACUGUCAUCCUUUGUCUCUUAUCUGUCAUUCUCAGUUUCUUCAUUUAUGCACACAAGGUAUUCCAAGUUGAGCUUCCUGAGAAGAACCAUUUGUUUCAAAACAUCACAAACUUCACAGCUGAUUAUACUGGCUUCAGCAUGAAAUCAUUCUCAGAAAAUCUAUUGCCUGACUACUGGAAGGACUACACUCGCCCAGAUGUUCCCCCGGUGGAUUUUGCAACAGUUUUUGCUGUGCUCUUCUCAGGUGUGACAGGCAUUAUGAUUGGUGCCAAUAUGUCAGGAGACUUAAAGGAUCCCAGUCGGAGCAUCCCUCGAGGGACUCUCAUGGCUGUACUUGCCUCCAUGACAUCAUACAUUAGCCUCUCCUUCCUCGUUGCUGCCACUUGCUCACGAUUACUUCUCCAAAAUAACUAUGUUUUCAUGUUGGGUAUAAACGUUUGGCCACCUUUUGUCACAAUUGGAAUCAUCACAGCCACUGAAUCUGCAGCACUCUCUAACCUUAUUGGAGCAUCUCGGAUCCUGGAAGCAUUGGCCAAGGAUGAGCUUUUUGGAAUAUUGUUGAAGCCAAUGACAUGGGGGUCACAAAGAGGGAACCCACUUGCAGCAGUUGUCUUCUCUUGGUUUCUUGUUCAGCUCAUCAUACUUAUUGGAUCUCUGAACAUGAUUGCUCAAAUCACAUCUGUCUUUUUCCUCCUCUCCUAUUGUGCCACCAAUUUGGCUUGCCUUGGGCUUGAACUUGCUUCUGCCCCCAACUUCAGGCCAAAUUUUGAAUACUUCCACUGGUCAACAGCAUUGCUGGGAUUGGUGGGAACACUGACCAUGAUGUUUGUGAUCAGUGCAUUAUAUAGUGCAGUGAGUCUUCUCCUCUGUGUACUUCUUGUCAUCGCUCUCCAUUUGAGAUCUCCUCCCAUUAAUUGGGGUUCCAUAUCACAAGCUCUCAUCUUUCAUCAGGUGAGGAAAUAUCUUCUUAUGCUGGACAUUCGAAAGUCUCACGUCAAAUUCUGGCGUCCGCAAGUCCUGUUGUUGGUGGCAAAUCCUCGCUCCUCUUGCCCCCUCAUUCAGUUUGCCAACAAUCUCAAGAAAAGUAAGUCCAUGGGUAUGAACAGACAUAUAAGGACACGUUCGAGGGAUGAUCCAAAAGUUUCUGCUCUGAGA